ACAGAACGAUUUUCAUUUUGUUUGAGGCAAUAAUGGGGAAUAGUUUGGGAGGGAAAAAGAUGGCCAAGGUGAUGAAGAUAAACGGGGAGACGAUGAAGUUGAAGACGCCGGUGACGGCGGAGGAGGUGUUGAGAGAUUAUCCGGGGCAUGUUGUGUUAGAAUCGGAAGCCGUUAAGCAUUAUGGUAUACGAGCUAAGCCAUUGCAGUCGAAUCAAAGGUUGGAGCCGAAGAGGCUUUACUUCUUGGUGGUGUUGCCCGAGGCUCCCAAAGAGAGGGUUCCGAGGAGGGUUCGGUCGGGUAUAAACAUGAGUGCUAAAGACAGGCUGGAGAGCUUGAUGUUGUCGAGGAGGUCGGUGUCGGACCUUACGCUUCUGAAACCGACAAUCUCGAUACCCGAGGGUGAUGAAGAAGAAGAAGGGGAAGGAGGAGGAGGAGCAACGAGGGUGAAAAUGAGGCUUCCCAAGGCCGAAGUCGAGAUGUUGAUGAAAGAAAGCGCGAGUGAGGAGGAGGCUGCGGAGAAAAUCAUGCAACUUUGCAUGGGGAUGACCGGAAGAAACAGCCCACGUGGUGAAGUUGCCGAGCGGCGACAAGUGCAUUGGAACGGUGGCCGUGAGAAACGGGUGAGUUUCAUGGCAAUGAAUGGAGGAGGCAGCCAAGUAGCAGUGAGUUCAUAACAAAGCAAAUAUAUUAUAAAUAAAUGAAA